CAGCUGUUAGACUGUCUUGUACACAAAAGAGUACCGAGAAGAGGAACUCGAGCCUUUCGUUGUCAGCUGUACAGGGAUUAAUGGGGCCUUUGCGGACUAGCCCAAGGGCUCAGUACUAGCUUUCGGAGAACGGCAUAGAGUAGCUAGGAUGCCGGGCUCAAGACAGAAAAGGUCUAUGCAGUCUCGCAGGAAGCAGAAAGCAGCGCAGCAGCGUAGCAAGGGGAUGACAUGGUGCUUUGGGCCUCCUGCCGUGGUGGACGAGGAGCCUCUCAUGACAGUGGAAGAGUUCAGGAAAAUGCAUUGGCGCAGAAAGCGAACCCACCAGCAGAUCCAGGUGCUGUACCCAGUCCACUGGCUACAUCCUCGUGCAGUCAUGCUGCAGGUGCUGUAUGACAGCCUGAUGGGGGAUCCCUGGAUCGCUCCCCGCGUCCCUCCAAGGCUGCUGGAUCUUCUGGAGUACCACAGAACUCUUAUCUUCUACGAUAACGAGGAAGACGAAGAGUUCUACGAUGAUGACUCAGAGCAGGAGGAGGCACAGGAGGGGUUCUCCAUGGCGGAGGACGAGUCAUACCCGGCUGAAGAUGACGAAGAGGUGACUCAGGUGCUGACGAGGCUGGCCAGCACAGGCACCGCAGCCUGCCGCCUAGAUGAAGCAUUCGGCGGCGAAGCUCUGGCUGCUGCUAUGGAGCAGGAGCCCGAACUCAAAGACUGGAUGGACCACACCGAAGAGGAAGAGGCAGCGGUGGAGGAGGCAGUAUUGCCUGAGGAGGCGGAAUUGUGUGAGGAAGAGUAUGGAUCGCCGCGUGAGACUGCUCGCGACGACGCCAGCUCAUGCAGCGAGAGUGACUACCGCGCGCUGCUCGGGUCCCCCCUGCGCGCGGCCCAAGACGACAUGAAGCGCAGUGCGUCACCCAAGCGGCACGGCAUGAGCCAGCCGGUCAUCAAGAUCACAGCCACAUCUUCCACCGUCUCAUCCCUCAACGGCCCCGUCCCCGUCAUGUACUCCAUUACUGAGACUCGCGACGAGGCGCGCGCGCGUCUCAGGGGAAAUGCCCAGCGCAAGGAAGCGGCGGCUGCUGUUGACUCCGAGAAGAAAGCGUUGGCGGAGGCGGCCGGGCGCGCAUCGGCUGCGGCCCGGGUCUCAGCCGCGCAGGCCGCAGCCGAUGCCGAUCAAGCCGACAGGAACGCCCCAGGCCGCGUGGAGCUGGGAGCGCUGAUGGACACCAUGUCGACAGAGACUGGGGAGCGCAACGUCAACGCCGCUGCACAGGCGGUGCAGGGUGCGAAUAUAAAGGCGCUGGAGACGGUGGUGGAGGACACAGAGGCUGAGCUGGCCAGGCUCAACCGCAGCAAGGUCGCCAACAUGGUCAAAAUGUACCAGGGCCUCGAGGAGAGCAACUCGCGCCACACGUCGCCGCGCAUCGGCGCGCGCAAGAGCCCGCUGCCGUCUGAGAAGUUUUCGGAGCCGCUCAUCCCCAAGCACCCCAUCGCCACACCAGACUCCCCCUCCCGAGAGCCACUGACGCCGCGCGGAUACACAUCGCGAUACUUGUCGGCGGUGCAGGCCGCCACCAACACAGUCUCCACCUGGCUUCAGGGCGGGGGUACCGAUGAGGUGUCCUCGCCCAUUGCGGCAGCUGCUGAGCAGCUGCGCGAUGAGCACCCCUUCAAGAGCGGCCACAGCCAGGCGAUGCCCCCGGCAACGCCGCCCAAGCGCGGCGUGACGGAAACGGCCACAUUCAGCACGCCGUCUGCGCAGCUCUUCGACACAAACCCGAUCUACGACGACGUGAACGAGCGCACACUGUGGUCCCCUUUCAACUCGUCCUUCUCCUCCGACUACUGUGCGUUCGGCGGCGGCGCGGCUGGCCGGCCGCGGCGCAACCCGGAGCUGGCCGCGCGCCACGCGGCGGCGGCUGCGCGGCACGCGGCCGCGGCGGCCCGGCACGCCAACGCGGCGGCCAAGUUUGCCGGGCUUCGCAUGCGCUCUUCCCCCAAGGACGGCCGCCGCCGCAGCCACGCCGGCAACGGGCCCCUCUAUUCAAAUGUGAUGGACACAAGGACGACCGACAACGACAUGGCGCACUUCCCCGACAAUGUCAUGUCAACCGUGGACAACAUGCUCUUUGAGCCCUGA